AUGGCCCAGAAAAGCCAAGCCAGUGGAAAUGAGAAAAACGGGUCGCUUAGCUCCAUCCUCUACUGUAAGAGUGAUUUACAGGAAGGAUCCCUGCAGUGGGUGAAAGAACCCCUCAAUGGCCAGGUGCUCAUGGUGCUCAGCAUGGACAACAACUGCUCAGCCACCUCCUUUGACAUGGAGCUUUGUGCGGAGAAACUGAAGUCCCUUGGGGUUCAGGUGGCAGCGGAUCAGUGCAGAAGGUUAAUCCAGGAGGCUGUGCUGAAGCCUGAAGUGAGACGGUACAUGUUCUACAACUCCAGGGUGUUCCAGAUAGCCAUCGCUGUGGUUUUCUACAUGUCUCUCUGGACAAACAUUUACUCCACAGUCCAGCUGUGUUCCUUCGGACGCUACUGGGAGGCCAGUGUGCUGGUGACCCUGGCUGCCGUAGUGAUCACUGUAGUUCUGAUACUGGUUAUUGAUCGUCAUCAGAGGAAGAUAAAUAUGAAUACAGAUGUGAGGCUGGCAGCUGUCAAUGAAAUUUUUAUCAAACAUGGUUUAAUACUGGGGAUUACAGAUGCCCUGGAUGGUCCACACAACAUCCUACAACUGUGGUUCGUGCACUUCAGCCCGGAGCGCUGCCUCCAGUCCUUGUCAGCCCACAUCGCGGACCUGCAAAGGAGAAGAGAGUCGAGCUUGCAGCACAGCCUGGACCAGCUCUGUGUGGUUAUGGAAGCAGCAGUUCAGCCGGACCCGGGGAUGGAGGAGGAGGCUUCACGUGAAGAAUCCCCUCUUCUAUCCAGUGGGGUGAACCUAAAUAAAGAGCCUGUGACAUGCAACAAGUUGCUCCGCCUCAUUCCUGAGGGCCCACCAGAGGUGAUGGCCCAGCAGCUCCUGGUGAUCUUCAGUGGAUGCUACGUCCGGCUCCUUGUCCCUGGCCGGCUUCCCCGGGCUGUGGAGGGGGGGCACGUGGAGCACAGAGGCGUGCCCUGCCUCUGCCAGUUCAUCGAGACCACCGCACUCAACACACACCAGGGCUGGUUCACGGGCACGUGA